CCGAAGCCCUUAUAGCGGAAGUAAAAAGUCUACGUGGGGAAGAAAGGUUGGUCUGGCUGUGUUUGAACACCUUUCCAACUAACAGCACCCAUGUCCAAUCCAGCCUCGCUGUGUCCCUGGUCGAUACAGUCUCCCUCCUCCCCUGGGAGCCAAAUGAACGCGCUGAGCGGCAUCCGGGGCGUAUAAAUGGUGCGGACCUAAGGCGGUAAUGCUGCGCCGGGUUCGGCAGUCUCUCCGUCAGGUGCUGUUACUGAUGGCUCGGAGACCAGACCUUCUCUGCGGGGCGAUCGUUCUCAGCGCCCUGCUCAUUCUGGCGGUUAAGUUCACCUGCAGCCGUGCUAAGGAUGUGGUGGCUGCAGCUCGGCCGCCUGUCCGCUUCUUCUCUGCCGAGGCCCCGGUAGUGGACCUCUACUUGGGUCAGCUAGAACAGGUGGAAUGCCUUCGGAGCAUGGCUGAGGUGUCUCUUAUUUUCUUUUACGCUCCUUGGUGUGCCCACUCCAUGGCUGCCCGGCAGGAAGUGCAGCAGGUUGCUAAGAAACUGGCCAAACAGGUGCAGUUUGUGGCUGUUAACUGCUGGUGGAGUCAGGGGAGAUGCAGGAGGCAGAACCGUUUCUAUCACUACCCCAUCAUCCAUCUGUUUUAUAGAAGGUUUGGACCAAUAGAGUACAGAGGUCCCUUUGUGGCUCCGUAUAUUGAAAGCUUUACUCUCAGAGUGAUCACACCACUAACUUACCUCCCGACCAGAGCACACCUGGAGGACUUCCUGUCCUACCAUGAGCCUGGUGUUGUGGGAUUCUUCCAGUUUAAUUCCUCUCCACAGCCGCCUGGGUAUAUCACCUAUCUGUCCUCUGCCCUGCAGGCACUAAGAAGAGAUUUCCAUGGCAUUGUGAGGUUUGGAGUUGUGACGAGCAAAAACGUAGCAGAGACCAUCUCAGUUGGAGAGGAUGAAACGGUCUACCUGCACAGAAAGUUUAACUCCUCUUUGAUUUUUCCAAGAAAUAAGCGAAACUUCACAUCAGAUGCUAUCUGCAGUUGGGUGUUUGAACACUACCAGACGGCCCUUCGGUGGCUGCAUCCGCCAGGAACCAAGUCGCGCAUGCUGGAAGAGGAGUUGAUGAAAGGCCCCGCGCUGCUUCUGUUCAUGCCACACAACCCUCUGCAGUCUGAGCCAAGUGCUGUACUACAGCAGUUUGCAGACAUCGCAGUGCGUUAUCAUUCCUGCGACCGCUCCAGCUCAGAUGACCACUUCCCCUCUUUAACCUCACUGUGCUGCCAGUCCGUCCUCCUCCCAGAGUCCAGGACUAAUAUUUGUGAGGUUUGCCUCAGACUGUCCGGGCCGAGCCUCCCCAACCUCUCAACGCUCUGCUCAUUUCCUUCAGUUUCACAAGGAAACACAUAUGGGAAUCAUAUUAGACACUGCUGCCUUCACCAGCUACCUUCUCCGAUUUCCAUAAAAACUUCAGAGGGCUGUAGUGACUUUGUGAACAGCUACAGUCCCUUUACCCAGUUCAGUGCCUGCUGUAAAACAGUAGAACCUCAGCUUAACGAAUCUAAAGCCAAAGAGGAGCUUACCUCUCCUCCUGCUCCCUCCAUCGCUCCAUCCCUCUCUCCCCAGCUGGAGGACGACGGCAUCACAGGGCUUCAAUGUCGAUCUAACAGGACUCUCAGGUUUUAUGUGCUGGAUGUUGGUCUCAGCUGGCCUCUGGCAGCGAGGCUCGGAGCUUCCAGCUACAGCAACUCGUCUCAACACAAAGAGGCAUCCACCGAAGGCGGCAGGAACUGUGAUGGGUCGUUUGUAGCGAUCGUGAACCUGAAGGAUGAGGUUCAUUACGUCCUACAACGCAGCCCAGCAGCUACAUUGACAGAGUCUUUGGAGGCGUUCAUCAGGAACUUCAGCUCGCCCCACAGCCAUCUGCAGAGAUAUUUGGUUGGAGACGUGGACAGGAAGAAAGGUGGAGAUCAUGCUGGGCAUUUGGAAAAGGAGAAGAAAUCUAAGAACCUCCUUAUCACAGAGUUGACCACUUCCUCUUUCGUGUCAUCAGUAAUGGACCAGGAAAAGGAUGUGCUGCUGUUCUACUACACUCAGUGGUGCGGGUUCUGCUCCGUCCUCAACCACGUCCUCAUCCAGCUGGCCCGACUGCUGCAAGGAAACGGCACUGUCACUGUUGCAAGGGUCAAUGUUGCUCGUAAUGAUCUUCCCUGGGAGUUCAUGGUGGAUCAUGUCCCUUCAAUCCUGCUCUUCCCUAAAUACAGGAAACAUCUUAGUGUGAAGUAUCCAGAGGACCUUCCCAUCACGCUGCCAAACCUUCUCCGCUUCAUCCUGCAGCACUCUGACUCGCUGCAUCAUCCCAACAGAUCCUCCUCAGGAACGCAGGGAUCUAGACCCGGCUCCAUCCUCCAGUCAGAAUUCCUGGCUCUCCAGCGUGAAGUCCAAGCACUGCAUCACGCCCGCGAACGUCUCUCGCAGCAGCUGGCAGAGCUGUGGCGUAAGAACAGACAGCUGAAAUUUGACAUGCGCAGCGUUGAGCAAAGUCUGGAGAAGGAGAUGCAGGAGAAAAGCCGGCAGCUCGCCGAGGCGCACAGGAGGCUACAGGAACUGGCAGACACUUCUGAGACGCUGCUGAAUGAGAACGUGCUGCUCAAAGUCCUGCUGAGGGCCCUGAAGGAUAGGACAGAGCCUAGAGGGGAGGCAGAGGCGGAGAAGGAAGAGACAGUACAGGAAAAAAAACAGGUUUCCUGAGUUCAACUCUGCAGGGAUGACGGACGGGAAGAGGAACCUAGAAAAUGAAGGACUGGGGAUGGAGAGGGGAAAAAACAAGCUGUGAUUAGACUUAAGAUGCAGAGAAUGAUUUCACCUGGAAAGAGGACGUCACAUUUGCUGUUAACUCUGAGACUAAUUGGACUCUUAAAAAGGAGACAAAGA